AACCAACGGCAGCGGAGGCGACAGCUAGCGCUUGAGAGGAGUCGACUGUGGAGGAGGAAGAAGAGUAGGGCAAGGCGGGAGGUGAAGUAGGGACCCUCGCCAUGGGUCCCCGAUCCUAGAGCGGCGGAAGCUACUGUCCUGGUGCCAAGCUGGCUGCUGCUCCUUCCCAUUGCUUCCAUGGCUGAGGACUGGCUGGACUGCCCAGCCCUGGGCCCUGGCUGGAAGCGCCGAGAGGUCUUUCGCAAGUCAGGGGCCACCUGCGGGCGCUCAGACACCUAUUACCAGAGCCCCACAGGAGACAAGAUCCGAAGCAAAGUUGAGUUGACCCGGUACCUGGGCCCUGCGUGUGACCUCACUCUCUUUGACUUCAAACAAGGCAUCUUGUGCUAUCCAGCCCCAAAGGCCCAUUCCUUGGUCGUCCCCAGCAAGAAGCGAAAGAAGCCUUCGAGGCCAGCCAAGACACGGAAACGUCAGGUUGGAUCCCAGAAGGGUGAGGUCAAGAAGGAUGCGCCGGGGGAUGAUACCAAAGCUGACACUGACACAGCUCCAGCUUCAUUCCCUGAGCCUAGGUGCUGUGAGAACUGUGGAAUCAGCUUCUCAGGCGAUGGUACCCGAAGGCAGCGGCUCAAGACAUUGUGCAAGGACUGCCGAGCACAGAGAAUUGCCUUCAACCGGGAGCAGAGGAUGUUUAAGCGUGUGGGCUGUGGAGAGUGUGCAGCCUGCCAGGUAACUGAAGACUGUGGGGCCUGCCCCACCUGCCUGCUGCAGCUGCCCCGUGAUGUAGCCUCGGGGCUAUUCUGCAAGUGUGAGCGGAGACGCUGCCUCCGGAUUGUGGAAAGGAGCCGAGGGUGCGGAGUGUGCCGGGGCUGUCAGACCCAAGAGGACUGUGGCCGUUGCCAAGUCUGCCUUCGCCCUCCCCGCCCUGGUCUCAGGCGUCAGUGGAGAUGUGUCCAGCGGCGCUGCCUACGGCACCUUGCUCGCCGACUUCGUCGCCGCCAUCAGCGAUGUCAGCGACGCCCUCCCCUGGCUGUGGCUCCCCCUGCUGGUAAACAUGGUCGCCGUAGGGGAGGCUGUGACUCCAAAAUGGCUGCCCAACGACGUCCCCGAGCUCAGCCACUGCCUCCGCUUCCCCCAUCACAGCCCCCAGAGCCCACAGAGCUGCACCCCAGAGUCCUGGCCCCCUCGCCACCUGCUGAGUUCAUCUAUUACUGUGUAGACGAGGACGAGCUACAGCCCUACACGAACCGCCGGCAGAACCGCAAGUGCGGGGACUGUGCAGCCUGCCUACGGCGGACGGACUGUGGCCGCUGCGACUUCUGCUGCGACAAGCCCAAAUUCGGGGGCAGCAACCAGAAGCGCCAGAAGUGUCGUUGGCGCCAGUGCCUGCAGUUUGCCAUGAAGCGGCUGCUGCCCAGUGUCUGUUCAGAGUCCGAAGAUGGGGCAGGAUCACCCCCACCUUGCCCUCGUCGAAAGAGGCCUGGCUCUGCUCGACGGCCCCAUCUGGGCCCCACCCUGAAGCCCCCCUUGGCUACACGCACAACCCGACCAGGCUGUGCCAAGGCUCCAAUGAAACAGGAAGCAGGUGGUGGCUUUGUGCUGCCCCCACCUGGCACCGACCUUGUGUUUUUACGGGAGGGCGCAAGUAGUCCUGUGCAGGUGCCAGGCCCUGCUGCAUCUUCCAAAGAAGCCCUAUUGCAGGAGGCCCAGUGCUCUGGCCUGAGUUGGGUUGUGGCCUUACCCCAGGUGAAGCAAGAGAAGGCGGAUGCCCUGGAAGAGUGGACACCGGGCACAGCCAUCCUGACUUCUCCUGUAUUGCUGCCUGGCUGCCCUAGCAAGGCAGUAGACCCAGGCCUGCCACCUGUGAAGCAAGAGCCACCUGACCCUGAGGAGGAUAAGAAGGAGAACAAGGAUGACGCUGCCUCUGAAUCGGCCCCAGAGGAGGAGGCAGGAGGGGCUGGCACGCCUGUGAUCACGGAGAUUUUCAGCCUGGGUGGAACCCGCUUCCGGGACACAGCAGUCUGGUUGCCAAGCUUCGGUGAUGUGGGUGUCCUGCAGAAGAAGCUGGUGCCCUUCCUCACAGAGUUAAAUAAGCAUCUGGCCCAGGAAUUAGAGAAGCUGAAGGAAGAUCCCGGGGAAGGUGGAGCAGCUGCAGGCCUGGCUGCAGGCCUAACUGCUGCCUCACACCAACGAGGUGAGCCAGCAGAUAAAUGACAACAUGUGCAACCAGCAACAGCGCCUGGUGCCCCUGCACCAACCUUGCGAGUGUAAAAACAAUAUGCUGCUGCUUCACUUCUGCCCUCCAAUUAUCAGGCAAAAUGCCUCUUGUGGGCCCAUCCUAACUGGAAGCAUACAGGCAAGGGAGUUUGGGAACCAUAGCCUAGCCAAGGUGACAUAUUACAAAGCCACCCUGCCAUGAAUCAGCUCCCAAGGGUCUCACUACUCACCUGAGGAUAACUUGAUAAAACUACGUUGCUGAAAAUGCAAAGCUGAAGACCAUGGAUUUCAUGGUGACCUCAGCAAGUACAGAAAUUCUGUCAAGCCCACCCAGAAAAAACUUACUGGUCUCGGCUAUUUUUGUGUCGUUCACUCAAGUAUUGAGAACCUAGCUCAUGGUAGGCACUGUACUUAAAACUGGGAUACAGAAAUGAAAAAUAUAUGGUUCAUGCAAUUUUAUUAAAUGCAU